AUGCUUGCCGCGGAAGUUCUUCCCGAGGAUGGCCUGAAAUCGUACUUGAAAGGAGAUUUACAGCCGAGAAAGACAGUGUAUUUCCAGGAGGAGCUCGAUCUUCACAAGCAUUGGCAUCUUACCAUGACCAUAGAUCGCAAGGAUUGUCGACCAGUUAUCAAGAUCAGAGAUGCAAAGCCAGACAACAACACAAGAGGCGCUCCAGAAGGGGAGUUGUUCCAAAAGAACUAUCUGUUUGAUUUAUCAGACACCGAUAGUGAAUUUAUGACAAAAACUAUUCAGAAGAUUGCAAGCGAGCUUGGCCUGGUUAGUGCAGCACGGCAGGGAUUCCAACAGGGACUUAUUGCGCUACGCAAGAUCUUUAUGGAAGCACAGGCAAUCUUCCUCGAGGUUGAUGUCUUGAGACAGAGAAAUUCAAAGAUCGUCUUCGCGAAUUCACGAUUUUGCUUUGACGACGAUGCGAAGAAGAAAGCCAGGAACGUCUAUCUUCCAUUGUGGGAGCCGCUUAUGGAGGAUGAAGCUGAGCUUUAUGCAGAAACCUUUGGUCUUGUUUAUGUCAAGAUGAAUGGUGAUAUCGGGACCGUUGUCAACGGUGCAGGACUGGCUAUGGCGACAAAUGAUGCCAUUUGCGUCCAUGGCGGUAAGAGUGCCAACUUCCUUGACGCUGGAGGCCAGGCAACAAACGAUACCAUGAAGAGGGCUUUCAAAAUCGUCAUGGAUGACAGGAGAGUCAAAAUCAUCUUUGUAAAUAUCUAUGGAGGUAUCACGAGAUGCGACAUGAUUGCGGAGUCUAUCAUCGACGCAGUGAAUUCACUCGGCCAUCAAAGUGUACCUAUGGUGGUUAGGUUACAAGGGACAAACUCGGAAGAAGGGUUAAAGCUACUUGAAGAUGCCAAUCUUGGUAUCCACGUUGAAGCGGAUUUUGACAAGGCGACGAAAAAGGCCGUCGAACUUGCUGAAAGUAUCCCAACUCCACCAAACGUAGAUCGUCCGAAAGCCAUUACUAGAAAAGUAUUGCACGAGGAUACAAAGAGGCACACGAUCGAGGUGAGGAAGAAAAUGAAGAGAGAGUUGAAGAAAAAAGCGAAGAGGGAUGAAAAGGCUGAAAGUGCGAGGAAAUCAUUAUAA